UGACUUCCUGCCCGGGAGGCGGGGUUUCCGGAAAUCAACAGUGGCGGCUCCAAUGGAGGAGGUCGAUCGGAUCCUGGUCCGGGCGCUGGCCGAUGUCGGCACCGAGAUCCCUGAUGAUGUGUGCAGUCUGGGCCAGUUCAGCACGGAGAUGAUCGUGGAGGGCGUGGUCCGCUGUUUACAGAGGAUCGACCCCCCCUCGGUGAACGGCCUCAGCCACCUCCUUCCACCCGGAAUGUCGGCACGCUUCCGCCUUGGCAUGUCCCUGGCCCAAGCCUGUCAGGACCUGGGAUACGAGGGCGAGAUCGGCUACCAGACCUUCCUGUACAGCAACGAGCAGGAGCUUCGCCGGCUGCUCAUGUUCCUGGUGGAGAGGUUGCCCCGGGAUGGAGCGGAGUCUGCCCACCAGCCGACAGCAGGGAAACCCGCCGUGCUCCAACGAGCCAUCGCAGCACAGAUCAGGCAGGAGCUGGCCACCCCUUGGCUCCCACCCUCCCUCAGGACCCCCGGACUGCUGGCCACUCAGGGCUCCCGAGCGAUCCAGGAAUUCUGCAGUCAGCCGCUCAGCCUCCCCGGAAUCUGGCCGGCUGGGAAGAAUAUCCCGACAGAGUCCAAGGAGUACUUCGAUCGGUACUGCCCGCCGGUCACUGCGCAGGUCAACCACCCCUGUGUCGCUGCCUCAGUCCUGGAGCGUGCCGCCAUCGAGCUCAGUGCCGUCCAGGAGUGGGACGUGGAGUGGAACGGCCAGGGCUUGGCGUCCCGCCUGUCACCGGAGGACUACAGAGCCCGCAAGUGCCAGCGGCUACAGAGACGGGUCCGGGAACAGUUUCAGCGCUGCGUCCAGCACGGACCCGGGGCAGCGAGCCACUCGACCUCGGACCUGGCCCAGCUCCUGCAGUCCUACGGCACCGGCCUGGCCGGCACAGAGAUGAAGGGCUCCCGCUUCACCCACACUGAGAGGUUCACCUUCACCCAGGAGGCCGAAACCGCGUUCCGUUCGAUGGAUGCAGUCCGCCCGUCCUCGAAGGAGUCAGAAGAGGGUGUGCGUGCUCAGCAGGAGGAGGAGGUGAAGGCCUGCGAGCAGCAGCUGGAGGAGGUGUCACUACGUCUGGAGGAAGUGUCGGGGGACGUGAAGCAUCUGCUGGUCACCGUCGCUCAGGUACGGGAGGAGGUCCGUCAGGCGGAGCAGGCGGCGGCCCAGAAGGAGGAGCUGAUGGGCGUGAAGCGCAGGACGCUCGAGCUGCUGCCCGAUGCCGAGACCAACCUGGGCAAACUGCAGGCUGUGAUUGAGGGCAGCGCUCAGCGAAUCGUCAAGCUGGCCCACCAGUGGGAGAAGCAUCGGGCACCGCUGGUGUCCCAACUCCGAGAGCUGAAGGAGGUCCACUCCAACCGCGAGCACGAAUCUACGCGGAAGCUCGAGGAGAUCAAGGCUCUCCGGGAGAAGAUAAAGACUUCAGCAGAGGAGGCCAAGAGGAAGGAGGUGUUGUACAGGCAACUGGUGACGGAGUUGGGGACCCUGCCCAAGGAGGUGGGCCGCUCUGCCUACACCCAGCGCAUCCUGGAGAUCGUCACCAACAUCAAGAAACAGAAGGAGGAAAUCUGCAAGAUCCUGUCCGACACCAAGGACUCGCAGAAGGAGGUCAACAGUUUAUCGGGAAAGCUGGAACGCACCUUUGCCGUGACGGAUGAGCUGGUCUUCAAGGACGCCAAGAAGGAUGAAGUUGUGCGUAAGGCGUACAAGUACCUGGCAGCACUGCACGAGAACUGCAGCCACCUGAUCCGGACCAUCGAGGAGAGCGGAACCAUUCUGAGGGAAGUGAGGGACCUGGAGGAACAGAUCGAAUCGGAGACGGGGAAGAUGGCGCUCGGCAGCCUGGAGAAGAUCCUGGCUGAUUACAAGGCCGUGCGUCAGGAUAACUCUGCUCUGGCCCUCAAACUGCAGCAAGCUUGAAGCUGCCACCCAGCACCCCUCUGUGGGAUCCUGCACAGACCGGUCCCCCCUCCUCACCCACACCCUCCAGAGUGACGGCACAAACCCGCACCCCCUGAGGCUUUCCUGGUGUCGUCCUGCCUCCCUGGGUCAGGAAGGUGCUCUGGACCAAUGUGAAUAACCUGCCCUGAACUGUCCGCCUCUCUGCUGCUCUCUGAUCUGGCGGGGGGAGGCCGUGGGCGGUGGCUUCACUCUGUAAAAUGUUCUUUCCGGGAUUUCACAGGUCCCUCUGCCACCUCCCAACAACCAUGGGACAGACUUGACCCAUGUAAUAAAGAAUGAUG